AUGAUGAACUUGGAGGACAAGACCUUGAAGGACUCGCUAGAACUUCUGGGUCUUCUGGAUAAUUCAGAGGAGGAAUGCCUCAGCCCUCAGUUUGAGUGUAAACAUGACACUCGAGCGUUUCAUUGUCACAGUCUGAAAGAAACACACUUGAAGCAGCAGGGCAAAACACAGGCCCGGAGGAAGUUACUCAUCACGUGUGCUUUGUGCUUGAUCUUCUUGAUCGGAGAAGUCAUUGGUGGUUACGCUGCUCACAGUCUCACUAUUAUGACCGAUGCUGCACAUCUUCUCACUGACCUUGGCAGUAUUUCGAUCAGUCUCUUUUCAUUGUGGAUUUCCUCUAGGCCACCAUCCAAACAUCUGACCUUUGGAUGGCAUCGAUCAGAGGUUUUAGGGGCUCUUCUGUCUGUUCUGUCCAUCUGGACAGUGACGGUGGUUCUUGUUCUCUUUGCCGUUCAGAGGCUCAUCAGUGAUGAUUAUGAGAUACACAGUGAUAUCAUGAUGAUCACAGCUGCAUGCGCUGUAUUGCUCAACAUCUUUUUGGCAUUCAUUCUCCAUCCAUCUCCGGUCCGUCACUCUCACAGUCACAGUCUCUCAGAAGAGCACAGUAACACCAGCGUGAGGGCCACUUUCAUUCACGUGCUGGGAGAUUUACUGCAGAGUUUAGGUGUGCUGCUGGCUGCCACCAUCAUCUACUUCAGGGUUUGUACUUUACCAUUAUUGACAUACAAAAGUACUUUCACACGUGUGAAUGUGAGUCAUCAGAUCAAGUGUCUCAAAUGCUGCAGGAUGUUUUCACUUCAACAUUAUUUUUCUUCUUCAUUUGUGCUUGAAUCAACUUGUUCUGGUAACUUUUAG